AUGAUCCGUGCGGGGGGCUCGGCUCUACUUAGAGACCUUCUCCGGACUGCCUCCAGGAGGCCUCUCAUCCUCCGCACCACAGCCCGACAAUGGCCCUCCGGAGAGGAGCGGGGAGGAGGGAGCGGCGUCCACCGGCUCUGGAUGUCCGCUACGAGCCGGCAAUUCUGCUCCAAGUCCGACGAGUCGGCCGCGUCAGGGGCGGAGAAGAAGAACGCUGCUGAUGGAGCCAAGGCCCCCACGGAGGAGAAGAAAAACAAGCAAGGACUCUUGCCAAGUCUUGAAGAUUUGCUUUUCUACACAAUUGCUGAAGGUCAAGAAAAAAUACCAGUUCAUAAAUUUAUUACAGCACUAAAGGCUACCGGGCUGCGCACAUCUGAUCCAAGGCUGAAAGAAUGUAUGGAUAUGCUAAGGCUGUCUCUACAGACUACAUCUGAUGGUGUAAUGCUCGACAAGGAACUCUUCAAAAAGUGUGUACAAAGCAACAUUGUUCUGCUCACACAAGCAUUUCGAAGGAAAUUUGUCAUUCCAGAUUUUAUGUCCUUCACUUCACACAUUGAUGAACUCUUUGAAAGUGCCAAAAAAUUGUCCGGUGGGAAGGUUGCAGAUUACAUUCCUCAACUGGCAAAAUUUAGCCCGGAUCUCUGGAGUGUUUCCAUUUGUACAGUUGAUGGUCAGAGGCAUUCAGUGGGUGAUACCAAAGUACCAUUCUGCCUACAGUCUUGUGUGAAGCCUCUGAAAUAUGCCAUUGCAGUGAAUGACCUUAGUACGGAAUACGUUCACCGAUACGUUGGUAAAGAACCCAGCGGAUUACGAUUUAACAAGCUAUUUCUGGAUGAAGAUGAGAAACCACAUAAUCCAAUGGUGAAUGCUGGGGCCAUUGUCAUCACUUCUUUAAUAAAGCAAGGAUCAAGCAAUGCAGAAAAAUUUGACUAUGUCAUGCAGUUUCUCAAUAAAAUGGCUGGCAAUGAAUAUGUUGGGUUUAGUAAUGCCACGUUCCAGUCUGAGCGAGAAAGUGGAGACAGAAAUUUUGCCAUUGGAUACUAUUUAAAAGAAAAAAAGUGUUUUCCAGAGCACACCGAUAUGGUUGGAACAUUAGACUUUUAUUUCCAGUUGUGUUCCAUUGAAGUGACUUGUGAAUCUGCCAGUGUAAUGGCCGCAACCUUGGCUAAUGGUGGCUUCUGUCCAAUAACAGGAGAAAGGGUGCUAAGCCCAGAAGCAGUGAGAAACACCCUAAGCCUAAUGCACUCCUGUGGGAUGUAUGACUUCUCUGGGCAGUUUGCAUUUCAUGUUGGCCUCCCUGCAAAAUCUGGAGUUGCUGGAGGGAUCCUUCUUGUGGUCCCCAAUGUUAUGGGCAUUAUGUGUUGGUCUCCUCCCUUGGAUAAGUUGGGAAAUAGUGUCCGUGGGAUACAGUUUUGUCAGGACUUGGUAGGACUUUGCAAUUUUCAUAAUUAUGACAAUUUAAGGCACUUUGCAAAGAAACUCGACCCACGUAGAGAAGGAGGUGACCAAAGGGUAAGUUUAACACACUUUAAUACCUUCUUUGGUAUGCUGAUUGACUGCUUUAAUACUUGUUGCAAUGUGGCCCUCAGUGUUGGAAAAUUAUGA